AUGUUGGUCUCUUUGACAGUUGGCAAGGUCGACGCUGGAGUCGCUGUCCUACUGACAGAAGACAAGCGCCUCAUCGAGUUCCCAUCCAUCCUCCUCCCGCCCGACAUUCACUCGGGCAGUAUCGUAGACAUCAACGUCUCCCGCAACUUCUCGGCCGAAACGGUCGCCGAAGAUAAAUUCAAUGCCCUGCAAGCCGACCUCUUCAGCACUUUUGGCACGCACUCCCCCUCCGCACCCGUACUUCGCUGCCGCAAUGCGACCCAGACAAGUGUAGUGCUGGAAUGGGAUCCCAUCUCCCUUGCCACGGCGGAGCUGAGGAGCUUGUCACUCUACCGCAAUGGCGCGAAAGCCGGCAAUAUCCCUCUGGGUAAAUUGAGCACCAAGAUCUCGGGCUUGCCGCUGGAUACCGAGUUCACCUUCCAUCUCGUGCUGAGGACUAGUGCGGGACAGUACACCUCGGAGAAGUUGACGGUGAAGACGCACAAGAUGACGGAUUUGCAUGGGAUUACGAUCUCGCCCGGGAACAUGCCUUCCCAGCUCCGCGAUAGUCUCAGUGAGACGGUCAAUCGGAUCGGUGCGAAGCUGGUUGAUCAGGUGAGGAUUGAUACUACGCACUUCGUCUGCACGGAGCCGCGGGGUCAGCAGUGGGAGAAGGCGGUGGAGAUGAAUGUUCCGGUUGUGGUGCCGGAUUGGGUAUUGGGUUGUGAGAGGGAGGGCAGGAUUGUGGGUGUGAGGGCGUACUACUUGGAUGCUGAUCCGAGUAAGAGGGUGGUGGGGCCUAGUGUGCAGCAACAGCAGCAAGAAGGUAUUGGCGGUGGAGGGAGCGGUGGUGGAGGGCAGAGGGGUAGUAUUGGAGGUGUGAGGGACAGUCCGAGGAUUGAGCAUACGCCGCCCACGCCUGAACAAGUUAGGCCGGAGAGAGGUCUGCCUUUGAGGGAGAACGGGGCGGCGGAUGGUCGUGGAUCCAUGGAGGGGCAAGGAGGGGGUGGAAGGGGUGCUGCAGCUGCUCCAUCUUUGGCAGGCACGACUUUGGCGGAGAAGGAUGGUGAGCAUGAGGGCAAGGAAGACGAUGAAGGCGAGGAAGACGAAGAUGCAGAUGACGAGGAGGCUGCGGAUCACAAGGCUAUUGAGGCUGCUAAUGCGGCGGAUAGAGCAAAGGCGGCUGCUGCUGCUGCUGCUGCGUCGAAGGAGGAGGACGAGGACGAGGACGAAGAAGAGGACGAGCAGGUGGAUGUGCCAACAGAGACUUCGGUGCAGGAGAUGGUUGAUGCGGCGGAGGAGGACGGGAGGUUUGAUGAGGUGGACUUGUAG